CAAGUCAAUCGUGGCCAAAAUGGUGGCUCCGGGUGCGAAGAAGCCGUCGAGCUCUCGGCUGGAUGCAGCGGGCCAGAAGGCACUGAAAGCGCGACAUGAGGCACUGGCGCUUGUGGAAGAGAAAUUCCGAGACUUUGACGUGGUGUGGGCCAAAGUUCAUGGCUUUCCGUGGUGGCCAGGUGUGCUCUUUCUCUCGUGGGAAGUUGUGCGGCGUGCUGGUAUCCGCACGGACCCGAAGAUCGUAGCCGAACUAGUAGUCCCGCUUCCACAGAAGGUACCAGUGCUAGAUACAACCACAGGCGAGGAGACGGGCGAGUAUCGUAUAAAGCGACACUGCCUCGUCAUGUUUUUGGACAAGUUCAACUUCUCGCUCGUGGAGAUCGACCCGAGCAACGUCGCAAGCUUCACAGCGCACUAUCAGGUGUACGUGCAUGCGGUGAUGGGUAGUAAGAGCGGCAAGUGGUCAAAGAAGAAGGGCGAAUUUAAGCGUGCACUCGUCAAGGCGACGCAGUUGCUGCACAUGGGAAAAGACUACGCUGAGGAUGAUCUGGUGCUGCUGGAGGAACCGAGUCAGGCCGAGAAGAAGCAGCGUAUGGACGAGAUGAAGGCGUUCGAGGAGAAACAAGGAAAUGAAUCACUAGAAGAUGCCUGGGACGACCGGGAGAGUGCAGAUGAUGCGGUAUUUAUUGUGGAGGAGGAAGUAUUGGCAGCUGGAGAGAAGAAAAAACCGGCGCGAAAAUCGAGCAAUAAGAAGACAACCUCUAGGAGAGCAACGGAAGUGCUGGAAAUUGGCCAAGACGAGAUUUCCACACCCGCGAAGCCGCGUCGGAAAGCAUCAGCUAAAGAUUCCAAGCCACGGAUACGAAAACCGUCUCGAAAGGAAGUUUCUAACGACACUCAUGCUGCAAUCGUGUCGCGAUCGCCUUCUCCAAUCGAUCUGACAGAAACCCCAGAGAGCGAGAAGAAGAAGAGCAAAGGAGCAUCCAGACUCAAGAAGAGAAAGGUAAAUGGACAUGCGAAAAUGCUGGUGCUGGAGGACGACGAUGUAUCAGAAGUAAAACCCGGUAAGCAGUCCAAGGAUGCCGCAAAUGUUCCAGAUAAAGAGGGCCCGAGCAAUCUGGUUCUGACACCGUUAUCGAGUAUCUGGACGACGGGAGUGUCAAGUGAAGGAUCUGACGUGCAUACACAACUGGCAUACAAACAGGAUUUUGUGUGGGACGAUAACGUAUUUACGGACGAUCCUAGCAUCGCUGAGAAGGAGAAGGCUGAGAUUGAACGGCUGCAGGCUGAAGAAGCUGCUGCUCACACUGGAUCAGGUCGUGACCGCUCAUUAGGUAAACGCCAGUCGCGGUCGGUUCAACAAUCUCAAAUUCGUCAAAAUCUCAUGACAGGCAACUUGGACCCACAUACAAUGGUGCAAUGUGCCGCCUACCGUCCGAAAGAUUACGUGGAGGACUCAAAUAGUCGCAGUCGCGGUGGACCUACGCUAGUCCCGCCGUUCCAAGUCGUGGUACAUCCAGACGCAGUGUUCGUGGCAGAUCUUCACGCUCAUCUUGCCACUUGCGAGAUUAUUGGCUUUCUGGGUGGUAAAUGGGACGAAUCGUCCAAGACACUGUACAUUCAGGCAGCGUUUCCAUGUCGUUCGUUGGAAAUUGAUGGUGAUGAUGGAUCUACCGAUGUGGAGAUGGAUCCGGGCAGUGAGAUUGAACUGCGUGGUAUCAUUGAAAACGCGCAACUGGAGGUCGUGGGCUGGUAUCAUUCACAUCCGGCUUUUGCACCCGAUCCAUCUGUUCGAGACAUUGAGAACCAGACGAGCUAUCAGCAACUAUUCCAGCGUCCGAACGCCAGCAAAGAGACGUCGGAGCCGUUUGUAGGGCUCAUUGUUGGAACGUACGAUACGCGACGAAGUACGCCAGUUAGUCUCUUCCGCUACUUCCACACUCGAGGUGAAAAGGUAAGUGGAGGCGCACGCCGCGAGAUCUACAUGCCCUAUGAGUUCAUCCCUGGUCGCCGUCACUUUCGAAGCGUGCUGCAAGACGAGGAACGCGAAAAGACUCGAUUCUUCCCCAUAUAUCAAUCCGUUUUAGAGCACUUUAAACUUGGGCUGACGUCGAUGAAGCUACAGCUGCCUAAGGACGUUAAAGCCCCAUCUGGUCAGCGAAUGAUGUCCAGAUCGUCCCCUGCUAGAGUGAAAGUCCAAGGCAUCGUCAAGAAACGCAAACAGAGCUCCGAUGAUACAAAAGCAAAGACAGUGAAGAAGGCAAAGGCGAAAAGCAGACGUUCCUCCCAAUCUUCUUCUGCAACAGGUCACAUUGACUUAACCGGCGAUGAUGCGAUGCAAAACAUUGGAGCUUCAGAGAAUGGAACAUCGACGCCAACAGUGACAGUUGCUACAGGUCAAAAUGGGAGUACGAACGCGACCAUGAAGAAUGAAGCAAAGAUUUCGAAUGGAGUCGCUGCUGCAGAUGUAGAGAUGGUGAGCAUUGUGAAGUCGUCAAGCGGUGGUGGUGGAGAUAAAGCAUGUAGCAGUGGCACUUCUACGGAAAAGGUGACGUCUAAUAUACGUGAUAUUGAGCCGCAAGUCGCCGAAGUCCUCGCCGACGUCGUUGUGACGACUGAAAUAGUCAACGACAGGCCCAAGAUCUCGAAGGAAGUCCUGAACCCCGAGCGGGGAAGUGAGAGUUCAGGUGGGGGUGGAGGUCAACUAUCACAUAAGGAUUCACGCACAGAUAAGGACAACCAGGCGCGUGACCACAAGGAGGACACAACGUUAUCACGCAGUAUGGCGCGUAAGGCUGGCAGCAACUUGAAUGAUGUAGCGAAUGGACUGGCAGUUAAGACCGAUCUGGACGCUUCUGAUGCACCUAUUCACGCUAGCGCCAUGCCGCCUUUGCCAGCUUCGUCACCAUCUGCAGGAAAAUUCGUGAUAUCGCCAUCAAUAAGCAACUCUAUCAUUGGACGGAAAAGGACACGCAAACCGCAAAAAACUAUAAAGAAUAGUAAUCGCUCGGCUUCACCAGCUAGCGAAGGACCAUCGCCUGCUCGAUCUCCAAACCCAAACAAGCAUACUUUCUACCACGCGUUUCAAGUGCAGGGACCCUGUUUUGCAAACGGGAGCACCCAUGAAGAGGCAACACCACCGCCAUCCCGUUCUGAUCCUCCAAAACCCGACAAUGUUUUUGAAGACGAUUUGAAGUAUUUUGUUGUCGGCGAGAACAUGAGUAUGGCCGCUAAUAGCCAGGGCAUCGAAAACUUUGCUGAUGCCAAGGCGGAAGUAAAGGAUGAAGUCAAGGCUAAAGAGAGAGCGAAAGUCAAGAUUGACAAGACUGCAUCGACUCCUACAACAAAACAUGAUGAUCAUGUGAACCAGGAGGUCCGAAUCUUUGUGAACGCCUUGGUGGAGCAGGUGGUGAAGAAGAUGGCUUCAGAUCUUACUGCUUCUACUGCCCCUGCGGUGGCGAAUGGCUCUGUUGACAAUCGCACAGUCAGCGAACCAGCAACUGGCGUUGUAAAGGCGGAAGUUGAUUCUAAACGCAAAUCUACUGUGGAUAUUCAAGAGGGUCGAAGUGCAGAAAGCAAGGAAUCUGGAGGAAAGCAGAACGCUAGCGUCCGUAUUGAACCUCAACUAUUCGGUAGCAACAGGGAGUGUGAAGAUAUCCAGACAUCCUUGCAAAGGAUGGCAGGUCAUUUGGAAUUAUUGAAGUCCUCGCAAGUAAUUCAACCUCAUGAAGUCGAAACCAAGCCUUGUGUAAAUGCAACAUCCGAACCGAAGUCUAAGCUUGCUAUGGUCGAGUCUGAGUCCAAGCAAGAUGAUCCCCUUACCGAACAGGAUUAUUUGACUGCGUUGCGAACCAAGUAUGGUCCUGGCGUGAGUGGAUGUGCCGAGCAAGUGAUCACUUUGGUGGAUUACUAUCGUGACUUCGAGCGCCGCACAGACCUGAACGAGAUCUGGAAAUCGCGUAUUACCAAGCUGGAGAAGAUCGAGAGUUCUCUCUCAGAAUACGUUCAGUACUUGAACAUCUCUGCUGUCCUACGACAAGAUUUCAUCAAGGACCUCAUUUCAUAUCUGCGCGAGUCCUGGACAAUAAAAGACCGACGAAGAAGGCCGAGCAUCUACAGUAGUCAAUGAUUUAUUCUGUGCGAGGUCAACUUAAGUGUCGAAGAAUAACGUUAAGCGUCUGCAAGAAGCUUCAUGUUGAUCUGUGGAAUGCUGGUAAAAAAAACUACUACUACAGUACAUGUAGUAGUUGAUCUCACAAGCCCACGCCACUGGAGUGAUCUCUAUCGUUCAUCCAGACGGAAUCAGCUUCCUGGUCCGUCAAUAGCAGGCUCAUCAUUAUACCGACUGACACGCCGCAGAAUGGAUCGAGGUCGACGAGACGAAUUCGGCACAGGCGGCACAUACACAGAUGCAUACUGAUCCGAGUACAGCGAGCGGGAAUAAGAAGGCAUCGAGUAUGACCUCGGAGGUUGUCUUAGAGUGCCCGGAGGAUCCAUCAUCCCGAACUCUUGAGUACUCCAGCGUUUGCCAAAACGGAGUCUUUGAGAUCGUCCAAACACUCCGUCAGGACCACCAGCGUCUUCGUGUUGGUCCGGAUUUUGGUCCUGCUGUGUCAAUGCUUGAGAAGGCGUGCCCACCACCGGCACGUUCGUGAUAGGAUGCGCUCGAUUAUCCCGAUACAGCCUCGUGUCAACGUUCGUGUAAUCAUCAAUGCAGAAGCGAGAGCGCGAUAGAUUCUCCUUCUGUCUCAUCCAGUCUGGCUUGAGUCCACCAGUGACACGACGUGGAGCUGGAGGCUGCGGUGGAGCAGGAGCAGAGGUAGCAACCGCUCGCUGGGACGAUAGACGUGGAAGCCGAGGGAUCGGCGUGUUGUCGACCGGAAUGCGCUGCUCUUCUGGGGGAGUCCUUGGAACCAACGAGACCUGACGCUGCGGUCGCUUUGAUGGCGGCGGCUGUCGUCGAUUCAACUGGAGAUUUGGGCGUCCACGAGAUCCGCCGCGUCCGCCACGUCGAGCUUGUUGUUGAGGUCGACUCGCUGGCUGUCGAGGCUUGAAAGCUGCCUUGGGCGACACCUUCGGAGCUGGAGGGAUAUUCUUGAUCCACGAACUCUUGAUCCAUUUCGCCAGAGCCGUGAUACACUUGGGUAGAACACUUUUGCGCCCUGGCGGUCCACGCUUCUUGGUUAGAUAAUUAAUAGUCUUCCCAAUAUUCGAUGCGAUCACUUGGUCUCUCGACGGUGUUGGAAGCAUCGCCACAAUCUUUAAAACAUGUAGAAGUUCGUCGUCACGUUCCAUGCGCUCGCGGAUCUUUUCCGGUGAAUCGUCUUUAGUUUCUUCCUCCUCGUCUUCAAGCACUUCAGUUGCAUACGAGUUCAGCAAAUGGUUGAGAACAAGUAAUCCGUCAGCAUUCAUCAAGCGGAUCACAGCGUCGCGGUCUCGUACGUCGGGGUUGCGCAGCAAGUCGUACUGCAUCGCAAUCUUGACGGUACUAGCCUCGCGUCGAUCCAGCAGAUUCAGCAGCGAAGCUCGGAGCAGCUCAAAGGCCAUAGCGCGUCUUGGUAGAGGCUCUGUGGCCGCGUGCGGCUUCUUUUCAAUAAUGUAGAACGGGACAUCCUUCUGCCCCUCCAUUGGCGCUGCAUCAGUCUGAGCCGCGUCAGUUAAACCCCCACUGCUUACAGGCUCUUCUGGAGUAUCGAAAACUUCUGCCGCAGUGU